CUGCCAGAAAAGUAACGCGGUGACGCAGGAGGCAGAGAGCCCAGCGGCGGCGCUUAUCGCGCAGUGUGCUGCUGUCUACCUGAGCCGGGGGCUCGCCAUGCUGGAGCUGCGGGGCGGGGAGAGCGGCCGGUGAACACUCACCCUGUCACCUCAUCUCAUUCCCUGUCUACAGGAUGGCAACCCACAGUGCCAGCGAGCCCCUGGCACCGGCCAGCCUGGACCUCCAUCAUCAUCAUCAUCAUCCUCCUCCUGGGGACAAGGAGCUGCUAGGAAAAGACCACAAGUUACUCAAUGGCUGCGUCCCACUCUCGCAUCAGGUGGCCGGCCAUAUGUAUGGGAAAGAUAAAGUUGGCAUACUACAACAUCCAGAUGGGACCGUCUUAAAGCAGUUACAGCCGCCACCACGUGGACCAAGAGAACUGGAUUUCUAUAACAUGGUUUUCUCAAAUGACUGUACUGAUCCUAAAUUGCGUGAACUACAAAUAUUUUUACCAAAGUAUUAUGGCACUUGGUCACCCCCAGGAUCUGCAAAUGAUCUUUACUUAAAACUGGAAGAUGUAACCCGAAAGUUUAACAAGCCAUGUAUCAUGGACGUAAAAAUAGGCCAAAAGAGUUAUGAUCCACACGCAUCAGCUGAGAAGAUCCAGCAACAGAUCAGCAAGUACCCUUUAAUGGAAGAGAUUGGCUUCCUGGUUUUAGGCAUGAGGGUCUACCACAUGGAUUCAGACAGCUUUGAGACUCAAAACCAGCACUAUGGACGAAGCCUGACGAAAGGCACAAUAAAACAUGGUCUAUCAAAAUUCUUCAACAAUGGCUGUUAUUUGAGGAAGGAUGCUGUGUCUGCUUGCCUCCAUAUAGUGCAGAACAUUCUGCAGUGGUUUGAGAAUCAGAACAUCCUUCACUUUUAUGCAAGCUCCUUGCUUUUUGUUUAUGAUGGUUCUAGUCCACAACCGACCCCAACAGUUGAUGGAAAAGUCCACGAGAAGCACGUUGCUACCCCCCCAGAGCUGCCUACAGAUGACGAGUUGACCGAGUGCAAUAAUAACAUCAGCAGGUUGAGCUCCAUGGAGAAUGGUAAGAACGAGAUGCUGGUGGAGAAGAAACGGUCUAGAAUUUAUGCAGCAAACAAAAAGACAUGUCCUAAAAGACUGCACAGUGAAGCCUUUAUGGAAGGAGAGAUUUUAGGUGAGGACAGAACCCGGAAAAAUCAAAAUAACGUUCCACAGGAGCAUCUGAAUGGUAACCUUCUAACGAAACUGGAAAAUGUAAUUUGCCAGGUUUCUCCGGACCUGAGGGAUAGCAAACAAGUUGAUGUGAGGAUGAUUGAUUUUGCUCAUGUCUUUCCAAGUGAAGGAAAAGACCUUGGCUAUAUCUAUGGAUUGAAGAACUUAAUAUCUGUCUUGCAGAGUAUUUUAAAUGAAUAAUUGGUUUAUAAUUCGGAUUGGGAGCCAAUGACCAGAUAAUCAAGAACAUACCUUCAAGAAUAUUUGCACUUGUAAUUGUGGUAACCUUUUUUUCCCUUGUGAUUUCUUCGUUCUAAGCUUUUUUUUUUUUUUUCAUCUUGGUGGAAGGGGUUUAUCUUUUUUAUAAUAUUACUCAGGAAAAUUGAAGUGAUAUGUAGGCAUUUGGGAAGUUUGCGGUUGGCAAGCAGAUGGGAUAACGUUCUUCUCUGGAUUUUGGAGGAUAAAGAGUAAGGGAAGGUUAUGGUGCGAUGGGACCACUCUUCCAAGACCAUACGAGCAGUGUCCAUGUGAAAGAAACCGUGCCUUCAUACAAAGGUCACUAAGAUGUUCUUAUCUUGGAGAGGAAUAUUACAUGGAAGAUCACAAUAUUUCAAACUAACCUACAUCCGUUUUGAUAUUGAGCCAUUGAACCCUACAAGUUUAACCCCUAAUUGUUUACAAAGAUUAAAACUGGAAAUCCAUAUGGUAGAUGGAUAUAUCUAUAUAUAUGUAAAUGUAAGUUAUUUAGAUUUCUACAGGAAGUAACCACCAUUUUGGAAGUUGGACCAGAGUCGGAUUAUGAAUGUUUGUCCUUUAUUAACCUGGCUUAGGAAUUUGACUAAUGGCUUGGUAGGGAGGCAGACAAUGCUUUAUAUGCUGGAUCAGCUCUUGAAUACUGAUUCACCCUUCAAAGUGGAAGCAGUUAGUAAUCAGUAGCUAAGCUAAAGUUGGCCAUACACUUUAGAGGGCUAUUGGUCAAUGGUUAUCCCUCCAGACCUUGGCUCUGCCAAGCGUUCAUGUCUUGUGAAUGAGGGGGAGUGGGAGUAAGCCAGUGCCAGUAGUACUUGGAGCAGCAGCUUGGCAUCAAACGUGGUGUAAAUGUGGGAAAGGAAAUGCAUCGCUUUUGAGUUCAUGUGGUGUAUUUCGCUAUUAAUUAGCUUUUUCCACCAAUUAGUCUGUUUUUCAUCUGAAAUCAUUGUAAACCGCAGAAGCCGUAUACAUGGCCUUUUACACCUUUUUCCAGCGUGACUUUUCCCUAUUCCAAUAUAAACGUAUUCUCUGAAAGAUGAAAAAAAC